CCGGACAAUAGCGCCUAGGCCACGCAGUACUUACGCAGUAAUCCGCACAGUAGCGUGAUCAGACUGGGCCUGGAGCAGGUCUUCGUCGUCGUCGUUGCUGCGUACGAACUUCUGCCGCCCCUUCCCACCGUGCCCGCGAAAGGACACUACUCGAUAAACUCCUGUGUGUGUGCGAAAAAGGCAAAACGAAGCAGAGUGUGCGCGCGUGUAAAGUGCAAAGGAACCCUCAGAUUGCACGGUGUGCGUAAUCCAUCACUCAAGCUCGUCGCAGCAAAAACCGGUUUGAAAGGGGAAGAAGGGGAGCAAGCCAUUGCCAUCACAUACCAAGCAAGGAGGAGCAAGCGAGACAUACUGCAAAAAUGCUGAGACAGACGGCGAAAAGAUAUAUUGCGCUCGUUCCGGCUCACGCCAGCGUACGUAGCCUGUGCGCGGCUACGGUAUCGAGGGUUGCGGAUUCUCCGCGACAGACCGCUAAAACAACAAAUAACGCCGGCAGCACUCCAGCGGUAUCCGAUAUCAGCAGCAGCACUGUGCCAACGCGAGCUACAAUCUCCCGCAGACCGGUGGCCAACAUUCGAUUCGCAUCCUCGUCUUCGUCGUCAUCGUCGCUACCGAAAGCAACAUCUAGCAUGGCCGGUAAUGCGCAGCUUCUGCAUGCUAACCUGUGGGAGCAGGACCCGGAGUUGAUGGAUCUGAUACGCAAGGAGAAGAGGCGGCAAACGCGUGGCCUGGAGAUGAUUGCCAGCGAGAAUUUCACCUCCCUCUCGGUACUGCAGUGUCUGAGCUCCUGUCUGCACAACAAAUACUCGGAAGGUUUGCCCGGUCAACGAUACUACGGCGGUAACGAGUUCAUCGACGAGAUCGAGCUGCUGGCUCAGCGGCGGGCCCUCGAGGCAUACCGCCUGGAUCCAGAGCAGUGGGGCUGCAACGUGCAACCAUACUCGGGCUCACCAGCCAACUUCGCCGUCUACACGGCACUGAUCGAGCCUCACGGGCGAAUCAUGGGCCUCGACCUGCCAGAUGGUGGCCAUCUGACGCAUGGUUUCAUGACGCAAACGAAGAAAAUCUCCGCCACCUCCAUCUUCUUCGAGAGCAUGCCGUACAAGGUGGACGCCAAGACUGGCUUGAUCGAUUAUGACAAACUCGAGGAGUCGGCCCGCCUGUUUAAGCCGAAGGUCAUCAUUGCUGGCAUCUCGUGCUAUUCGCGCUGCCUGGAUUACAAACGCUUCCGCGAGAUUGCAGACCAGAACGGUGCCUACCUGUUCGCUGAUAUGGCGCACAUCUCCGGCCUCGUUGCAGCUGGUGUCAUCCCGUCACCGUUCGAGUACGCUGACGUUGUCAGCACGACAACCCAUAAGACACUCCGUGGACCCCGAGCCGGCGUUAUCUUCUUCCGCAAGGGCGUCCGCAGCGUGAAGCCGAACGGUGAUAAGGUGCUGUACGAUCUGGAGUCGCGCGUCAACCAGGCUGUGUUCCCGGGGCUACAGGGCGGCCCGCACAACCAUGCAAUCGCCGGCAUCGCGACCUGCAUGCAGCAGGCAAAAACGCCCGAGUUUCGCGCGUAUCAGGAGCAGGUAAUUCGGAAUGCCCGAGCACUCUGCCAGGGGCUGCUCGAUGCGGGCUACUCGGUGGCGACGGGCGGCACCGAUGUGCACCUCGUGCUAGUCGAUCUGCGUCCGGUCGGCAUCACCGGUGCGCGAGCCGAGUACAUCCUCGAGGAGAUUUCGAUCGCGUGCAACAAGAACACGGUACCGGGUGACAAGUCGGCCCUCAAUCCUUCUGGCAUUCGGCUCGGUACACCGGCCUUGACGACACGCGGUCUGCUCGAGAGCGAUAUGGCCCAAGUGGUGGCCUUCAUCGAUCGCGGUUUGCGCCUCUCGAAGGAAAUCGCUACCGUGUCAGGGCCGAAGCUGGUCGACUUCAAGCGCAUCAUCCACGAGGACCCAACAAUCAAUGCCAAGGUGCGGGCACUGCGUGCCGAGGUCGAGCAGUACAGCGAACAAUUCCCUCUGCCAGGCUACGAGGAAUUUUAAAACCACUCAUACAAGCGAUACAAUAAUAAACAAAUGCCAUUUUGCUAUUUUGCUCCCAAAAACGAA